UUGCCUCCUUCCUUCCUUCCAUCCUCCCUCCCUCUCUCCUUAAUCCCAUAAUGCACCGCGCCGAGUCACUCAGAUCAUGGACCAAAGCGACAACGAUCUCCAAGGAAGUGAUGGCUCAGGGAGUCUGGGCGGCCCAGACGUCCGCAGGCGCAUCCCCAUCAAGCUCAUCUCCAAGCAGCCCCUGAGGAUCAAACCUCCGCCCCGUGUGCAGAGACCAGGCAACAGGCCGCAGUUGAAGACCGAAACUGCAGAAAAAGAUGAUAACUUUGGCUUCAAGCAAGAUAAGUUUGACUGUGGGGGUAAAGCGGGAGAUGUGUUUGCUGCCCAGAGGAGAUACCCACAGCCGCUGUUUUGGGACUAUAAGUUGAAUCUAAUCGGCGAAAGGGAUGAAGUCCCAAUUCACUUCUGUGACAAAUGCGGGCUUCCCAUUCAGCUGUACGGACGCAUGAUUCCUUGCAAACAUGUCUUCUGCUACGAAUGUGCUUUGCUGCAUGAAAAGAAAGGAGAGAAGCUGUGCCCUGGUCUGACCAUGUACAGCUGCACAGACCAGGUGCAGCGCAUCGAGCAGUGCCAGCGGGGCUCGCUCUACAUGUGCAGCGUGGUGUCGGGCUGCAAGCGCACCUACCUGUCUCAGCGGGACCUCCAAGCCCAUGUCAACCACCGCCACUUGAGGUCGGCCAAGUCAUCACCGGUACCACACGCCCACCACAUGAUGGGGCCGCCACCGCCGCAGCAGCACUUCGGGCCGCCUCCCCCGCCACCACCUAUCAGCCACCCCAUGCAGCACCCUCCCCAGGGUUCCGGGACGCCCCACAUGGUGUACAACCCGAGCCAGCCUCCCCCCAUGACCACGGCUCCGCCUCCGAUCACCCCGCCACCAGGCCACAUGAUGGGCCAAAUGCCACCCUACAUGAACCACCCUCCCCCGGGACCUCCACCCCAACAUAGUGGACCCCCAGUAAACGCGCCCCCUCCUCAUCACUACAAUCCCAACUCCAUGCAGCAGUUCCCUGAAGACCAGGGCACCCUCAGCCCACCGUUCAAUCAACCGGGAGGUCUCAGUCCCGGAAUGUGGCCCGCUCCCAGGGGGCCGCCCCCUCCGCGGAUGCAGGGACCCCCGCCUGGGCCCGGGCCCCACCACCCGGACCAAGGCCGCUAUCGACCUUAUUAUCAGUAAAUUGCCAUCUCAACGACUGCGCUUGGAAAAUUUCCAUGGGAAUUUGAUUUGAGAAAUAUUCCAAAUUGGAGAUUUUCCAUGUGAAUAUGAACUCAUGUCCAAGCGAAACACUUUUUCAUGAACGGACAUCCGUGCAAAAUAAAUGGCUCUCCUUGCCCGUGUGCAAGGGCAUUAAAUUACCCAGGUCAAAAUUUGGCUUGCAACACAUAGCAAAAAAAAAAAGCGAUAAGUAUUAUCAUUUACGUUCACGAUUUAGAGCCCCCCUUGAAUUUCAGAUAUUUUUUUUUUUUUCCCAUGGAAAUAUUCCAACUUUAUCGUCAGGAAAUUUGCAACCCGACUGGGCUGUACCACUUGUUUGAAAACAAAUGUGAUGGUAAACCUCAGGGUUGCAGUGUCUAAGUAGGUAUUUCGAUUAUUUUGUUAAAACUGCCACUUACGGGUUUGUGGUGCACAUUUUUAGUUAUUCGCUUUUCCGCUGAGCAGACAAUAGACUUGUGAAAGAGCAGAGCCCCCGCCCCCCCUUUUUUUUUUCAAAAAAAAAUUAAUGGUUUAAAGUAAUUUUUCUGUUGUAUGUCAGCUGACACAUCUAUCCAGGUACUUAACUUCAUCAAUGACGUUUUAACAUUCAAAUUCCAUCUGAUGUUGAUCUUCAGAAUUCAACUGUUUGACAAGGUUUUCAAAAUCA